AUGCCUACCGUCAGAUAUCUCGAAGACGUGGCCCACGUCGUACUGUCUGGGAAGCUGGACGGUGAGGCGAAAACAUCGUCCAUGACACUCAUGCGCAACGGCAAACGCUUCCACAUUACCGUCCAUGCGGAGGAUGUGCAAGACUCACCUUUCGAACAAGACUGGAAAGCGAUCGUAAAGGAAAGCGAUCAGGGUAUGGUACCCGCAGUGGCUUGGAGCCGGUGGGAUCCUCAAUGCGAUCUUAUAAUCAACCAGAGCAUGGUCACGCUGAAACGUCUGGCUCCUACGCAGCCGCACUGGAAAACUCUGCAUAAUUACUUGCAUAUGCCCAGCUACAAUGUGAAGUUAGCACUGGAUCCAGAUAGUGAUGUCGUGGGAGGUCAAGUUUUGGGCGGCUCGGUCGACGAACCUGGUUACAACUUUCAGCCGAUCCACGUCGACAGCAUGAAAACCUCCAGCGGGCGUCUACCACUCUACAAGGCCGAGGAUCUUGUCGUCAUCGAUGCAGGCAAGGACCUCGUCAUGAAGCCAUGCAAGACUCAACAUUUCUUGGGCUUCGUGAAAUCCGGCAAGAGUGCGGAUACUGGCGAAGAAAACAACUCAUCAUUCACUGCCAUCAACGCAUAUCUGCAGCUGCAUGAGCUGGCACCCAUCAAUCAGACACUUACCGUUCAGGAGUUCCCGCGGUUCUGGGCAUAG